AUGGCUUUGCUACAGUAUCAGGCGCCGGUCGAUUAUGCCGCGCAAUUAGACGGGUUCAAGGAUUUCUUGCAGCAUUUCAAGACCCUCCAGUCGACCUCCGAAGCUGCUGCGACCGAAGCAUUGGAGGAUCUAAACAUUGACGGGAAUCGAUCCAGUGAUGAAUACGACUUCAUGGACGAUGUCGAGGAUGAGAGAACAGAGACACGGGGAGCGACGAGGCGCCGGGAGCCGAAGCUCAAGUACAUGCAAAUUCUGCAGGACAUCGCCAAUCGCGAAGCAUCGAACAUUGUCAUUGAGCUUGACGAUCUGGAUGUCUACGAGAAAACCUUGACAGAGGAGAUGCAGCAAAGCUUGAAGCUGGUUGACUCUAUCCAAAAGAAUACGAAGCGGUAUAUCGAUGUCUUCUCACAAGCUGUGGAUGCUGUCAUGCCCAAAGAGACCAAGGAGAUUACGUUCAAAGAUGACGUGCUGGAUGUGAUCAUGUCUCAGCGCGAGAAGCGCAACGAAACGCAACAGAUGCAGUCGGAAGCUGAUAUGGAUGCCGCGCCUAUUGCUUCCCUAUUCCCGCCUGAGUUGACUCGACGAUACACGCUCAACUUCAAGCCUCUCACAGCGUCGGGCUCUAGCAGUGACCGCGCUGGCAAAGCAUUGGCCGUGCGAAACGUGCGUGGUGAGCAUCUUGGCACACUGAUCACCGUACGCGGCAUCACCACCCGUGUGUCCGAUGUCAAGCCUGCCGUUCAAAUCAACGCAUACACUUGUGAUGUCUGCGGCUGUGAAGUCUUCCAGCCCGUGACGACGAAGCAGUUCAUGCCUUUAUCGGAGUGUCUCUCGGAGGACUGCAAGAAGAACAACACCAAGGGCCAGCUGUUUUUGUCGACCCGAGCGUCCAAAUUCGUUCCUUUCCAGGAAGUCAAGAUUCAAGAAAUGGCUGAUCAGGUGCCUGUGGGACACAUCCCUCGCACUAUGACUGUUCACUGCCACGGAGCGCAAACCCGCCAGUUGAACCCUGGAGAUGUGGUGGACAUCGCUGGCAUCUUCUUGCCUACUCCGUACACUGGCUUCCGUGCUAUCCGUGCCGGUCUCUUGACAGACACAUACCUGGAAGCUCAAAACAUCACGCAGCAUAAGAAGGCCUAUAAUGAGAUCGGCAUGGAUGCCCGGACUUUGCGGAAGAUUGAGCAGUACCAAAACUCCGGCAACAUGUACGAGUACCUCUCGCGCUCGAUCGCCCCCGAAAUCUUUGGGCAUCUUGACGUCAAGAAGGCACUGUUGCUCCUGCUGAUUGGCGGUGUUACCAAAGAGAUGGGCGAUGGCAUGCAUAUUCGUGGUGAUAUCAACAUCUGCUUGAUGGGUGACCCUGGUGUUGCCAAAUCCCAGUUGCUUCGAUACAUCACCAAAGUUGCCCCUCGUGGUGUUUACACGACCGGACGUGGAAGCAGUGGUGUCGGUUUGACUGCCGCUGUGAUGAGAGACCCUGUCACCGAUGAGAUGAUGCUGGAAGGUGGUGCCUUGGUUCUCGCUGAUAACGGUAUUUGCUGCAUUGACGAGUUCGACAAGAUGGAUGAUUCCGACCGAACUGCCAUUCACGAGGUCAUGGAGCAACAGACCAUCUCCAUCUCCAAAGCCGGUAUUACUACCACCCUUAAUGCACGAACCUCGAUCCUUGCUGCCGCCAACCCGUUGUAUGGUCGCUAUAACCCUCGUAUUUCGCCCGUCGAAAAUAUCAAUCUCCCCGCCGCCCUUCUCUCUCGAUUCGACGUCAUGUUCCUCCUGCUGGACACUCCGUCCCGUGAGGUGGAUGAGGAGCUUGCCAAUCAUGUUACUUACGUUCACAUGCACAACAAGCACCCUGAGACCGAAGACGCAGGCGUCAUGUUCACCCCUCAUGAGGUCCGUCAAUAUAUCGCCAAGGCCCGGACUUACCGCCCCGUGGUUCCCACAAGUGUCUCCGACUACAUGGUCGGCGCUUAUGUUGCCAUGCGAAAGCGCCAAAAGAAGGAUGAGGCUCGCAAGCAGCAAUUCUCCCAUGUCACCCCGCGUACUUUGUUGGGUAUUGUGCGUCUGUCACAGGCUUUGGCUCGCCUGCGCUUCAGCGAGGAGGUGGUGCGCGAAGACGUUGACGAAGCGCUUCGUCUCAUCGAGGUCAGCAAGGCCUCCCUGUACAAUGAUGGCGAGUCCGGUGCCGAUCAUACCCCCAGCAGCAAGAUUUACACUCUGAUUCGCACUUUGCGGGAGAGUGGUGCUGCCGCCAUCGGUGAUGACGAGGACAACGCGCUCAGCGUGAGACGUAUUCGCGAGCGUGUCUUGGCGAAGGGGUUCACCGAAGACCAACUCACCACCACCCUUCAGGAAUAUUCCGAGUUGAAUGUGUGGCAAAUCGUUGGAAAUGGCUCCCGCCUGGUGUUCUUUGACGGGGAUGAUGAGAUGCACGGCUAA